UUCCGGAAGCAGUGACGGGCUGGGAGCUGUUUAUUUAUGUCAUUGAUAUCGCCAUGGCUGAUGUGGUCAUACGAUAAAAAAGACAGUUUCUGAUGUAUUUUUGUCCACUGUUGUUCUGUUUAAGAUGAAGGCUGCGUUUUUACUUCAAAGUUCUUUCUUUAUGUUGUGUUUGCUAAAGAGUCAGGUGACUGCGAAGAAUUCCGAGGACAUCCGUUGUAAAUGCAUCUGUCCACCAUACAGAGACAUUGAAGGACAGAUCUACAAGCAGAAUGUGUCUCUCAAAGACUGUAACUGUCUCCAUGUUGUGGAGCCAAUGCCAGUUGAUGGAAAAGAUGUGGAGGCCUACUGUUUACGUUGUGAGUGUAAAUAUGAAGAGAGAAGCUCAGGCACUAUUAAGGUCACCAUCAUAAUUUACUUGUCCAUUUUGGGCCUGCUGCUCCUCUACAUGGUCUACCUGACUCUCUUGGAACCCAUGUUGAAAAGACGACUGUUUGGACACUCGCAGCUCAUCCAAAGCGAUGAUGAUGUUGGGGACCAGCAACCUUUUGCAAACGCUCACAAUGUCCUGUCUCGUUCACACUCGCGACCAAACAUGCUGAACAAAGUGGAACACGCCCAGCAGCGCUGGAGAAGGCAGGUUCAAGAACAGAGAAAGUCAGUGUUUGAUCGCCAUGUUGUUCUCAGUUAAAGGUGGAGAGGACCAAACAAAAAAAACAAAAAAAAAAACACACACUGUGACGUGUAUCUCUUCUCUUCAUCUCAUUUGUGGUUUAUAUCUCCUUAAGUGUAGAGCAGAAGCAGAUCAAAACUGACAGCACAAGAGAUUACAUUGAUUUUUUAAAAAUACUAUUAUAGCACUGUGUUCAAUCAGACCUUGUCAAAAGCAGAAUGAAAAGUCAUGCAAAGAUGUGCCAAUUCUCCAGGGACUACAUCAUGAAAAUGUGAUGUUAUAGGCUAAUAAAUGCCAGAUAAAACCCCUACAAGACAAUGUUUUCAUCUAUACUGCUGCUCCAGCACCAGUAUGGAUCAAAACUGGGUUGCACCCAUCUAAUUUACACACUAAACUGAUGCUCGUUUAAAAUCCUUGUUUUUCCGUGUGAUGGCUACUGAGCAAAGUGUCACAAUUUACAUAACUGACAAUUUCACUGAACUCAGUGCAGGGAUAGGUGCAAUUUUUGGUAAUCUCACAUCGUACACAGUAUAUGCUAUACAUCUUUUGGUCACUUUUUAAACGUUUUUAUUGUACUCCUCUUUCAUUCAUCCACUUGAGCAUGAGAACGAAAGUUCAUCAGUAACAACUUAACGAGAGAGAUAAGGUAUCGAUGUAACAAAGGAUAAUUCAUUUAACUUCCAUUAUCAAUGUCCCAAGUAACAUUUGUUGUUGAAUAGUACUCCAUCCUGGUGCAGUACACUGAAGUUAUUGUAAUGACUGAGUUCGAGAGGCCUACGGAAGUGUUCUCAAUUAGCAUUGUAUUUGUGCUACCUUUUAACUUUGGAAUAAAGUGAUGUAAUUUUUGUGA